GCGGCUCUGUGGGUUCAUUACGCCACAAGGUCUCCUGCACAGGUCACGGCGCGGUUCACAACUUUUUCAUGUUUGUUCGUUCAGCACUUUCUGUUUUUUGCCCCUACGAUGUGCGCGUGCAUGUCUGAAUCUUAACGUUGCUAGAGAAGAACGUCUCCUGUAAACAGAAGAGUGCAUGGGAUGCGCACAGGUGUCCUGCGCUCCUCCUGGCUACAAGCAGAUCCCUCACCUCGACGUUGGCCGCGAGCAGACGGGGAAAGCGGCGUGCUUGAAGCGGGGAGCGCGACGGCCGCCGCCGAGCGACGAGAUGGACGAGCACGAAAAGGGGCGCGAGGCGCUCGUCGUGCGAAGAACCCGCCUGCAGAGCCCGCGCCUCAGCCGCCGACAGUGGAACAAGCUGCACAUCCUAAUACAUUGCAUGGUAAAACAACUGGAGGCCUCAGAUGUAGACUUUGAUGAAUUGAAAAAGAAUCUUAUUUACACAGCAUCUCUGCUUGAAGCUGUUUAUAUUGAUGAAACCAGACAAAUAUUGGAUAUUGAAGAUGAUUUACAAGAGUUGCGCUCAGACACAGUUCCUACAGAGGUACGGGACUGGCUUGCCUCUACCUUCACGCAGAAAUCUCGUCCAGCAGGGCGCUGCUCUGAGGAGAAACCAAAAUUCCGAAGCAUUGUUCAUGCUGUGCAGGCUGGGAUUUUUGUUGAGAGAAUGUUUCGGAAAGCCUAUUCUGCUGCUAUUCCCAGUCAGUCCUCAGCCGUACUUCACUGUCUCAGGAACAUUGACAGAUGGAACUUCGACAUUUUUGCAUUAAAUACAGCAAGUGGGGACCACGCCCUGAAGACCAUAGUCAUUGAACUUUUGACAAGACAUGGACUGAAUAGUCGAUUUAAGAUACCUAUUGCAUUUUUAAUAUCCUUCCUUGAUGCUUUGGAAACUGGAUACAACAAACAUCAGAAUCCCUAUCACAACCAGAUGCAUGCUGCAGAUGUCACUCAAACAGUACAUUGUAGCCUUUUGGCCACAGGUUUAGUGCAUUGGCUAAAAGAGCUAGAGAUCUUGGCGGUGUUGUUUGCAGCAGCAAUUCAUGACUUUGAGCACACCGGUACAACAAACAACUUCCAUAUUCAAACAAGGUCUGAACAUGCCAUGAUCUACAAUGAUCGAUCUGUUCAGGAGAGCCACCAUGUCAGUGCAGCUUACCGACUUAUGCAAGAUGAUGAGAUGAACAUCUUCAUAAACCUUUCCAGGGAGGAAUGGAUAGAGUUGCGAGGCUUGGUUAUUGAAAUGGUGUUGGCAACAGACAUGUCCUCUCAUCUAAUGCAGGUGAAAUCCAUGAAGACAUGCCUCCAACAGCUGGAGAGGAUUGAAAAGCCCAGUGCUAUGUCAUUACUAUUACAUACUGCAGAUAUCAGCCAUCCUAGCAAACCAUGGCGAUUGCAUGCUCGUUGGACUAAGACAUUAAUGGAGGAGUUCUUCAAACAGGGAGACAAAGAGGCAGAACUGGGGUUGCCAUUCUCUCCUCUCUGUGAUCGCAAAUCCACUAUGGUCGCUCAGUCUCAAAUUGGCUUUAUUGACUUUAUCGUAGAUCCCACAUUAUCCUUACUGACCGACAUGGCAGAGAAGAUCAUAAUACCAUUGGUUCAAGAAAGCCCUGUACCACCUGAACCAGGCAAAUUGUAUAGCUCACUUUGGAAAGAGAACACCCAGAAUGUGGAAUGGAACCUAGGCCAUAUGACUUCCGCACUUGACAAUUUCAGGACCACCUGGAGCCACUUCACGCACAUGAACAAGCGGGAAUGGAAGGACCGAGCAGCCAAUGGAUCUGUUGACCAGACUUCAAUUGAUGAACUGACACUAAAUGAAGAAGAGAUCUCUGAAGAAGACCCUGCAUUAAUUCUUAAAAAAGACUAGUUGAAGUAAAGAAAAUUGUUGCUGUGUCAGCACUAAGAUUCCAUUAUGGCAUCAUAGCUAAAUGACUGAAUGCAUUACAUAACAUUUAAAAAUAUAUUACUCUAUAUGUCUGCAGAAUGUUAUUAUAUAAAGAGUAGACCCACAAACCAUUACUACAUAAUAACUAAGGUUUAUUAAAGAUAAAUUUAUGUAUUGCAUAUACAGUAUGUACGUUGGAAGUGGAAAUCUGAAACUUGCUGUAUUUCAUUUGGCAACUAGCUGGAUUCUCUAGACCUUUGGUAUGUAAAUAAAUGUAAAAAUGACA